AGCAGAACUCAAGCCCUAGGCCACAGAAAAAGGGGCAGGCCUCUGUGGAGGGACCAUCUAACAGGGAUUUCUAACAUUAAGUGAUUAAUUUUAUUGGUCGUUGGCAGUUGGUCAUCAGUACUCAACAUUGGCAACUCAGCCAAUCCUGUGCGGAAGUAUCCCUGGGCUUGUACCAAAGCAGUUGCGGUUUUGCCGGAAUUACAUGGAGAUUAUGCCAAGUGUGGCGGAAGGAGUGAAAAUCGGGAUACAGGAAUGCCAGCAUCAAUUUCGAGGGAGGAGAUGGAACUGCACAACAGUUGAAGAUAAUUUGGCAAUCUUUGGACCUGUUUUGGAUAAAGCAACAAGGGAAUCUGCUUUUGUUCAUGCCAUCGCCUCAGCAGGUGUCGCCUUUGCCAUUACUCGCUCAUGUGCCGAGGGCACUGCUAACAUCUGUGGCUGUGACAACCAGCAUAAGGGCAAGCCGGGCGAAGGCUGGAAGUGGGGAGGAUGCAGUGAGGAUGUGGAGUUCGGGAGCAUGGUGUCACGAGAGUUUGCAGAUGCGCGAGAGAACAGACCAGAUGCACGUUCCGCCAUGAAUCGGCACAACAAUGAGGCAGGCCGCAUGGCUAUUUUGGAUCACAUGCAUCUGAAGUGCAAGUGUCAUGGACUAUCAGGGAGCUGUGAGGUGAAGACAUGCUGGUGGUCACAGCCUGACUUCCGUGUGAUUGGAGAUUACUUAAAAGAUAAGUAUGAUAGUGCCUCUGAGAUGAUCGUGGAGAAACAUCGAGAGUCCAGAGGUUGGGUGGAGACCCUUCGUCCCAAGUAUGCUUUGUUCAAAGCUCCAACAGAGAGAGAUUUGGUCUACUAUGACACAUCACCAAAUUUCUGCAACCCUGACCCUUUGACUGGCUCAUUUGGCACGCGACACCGGAAGUGCAACAUCACAUCACAUGGAAUUGAUGGAUGUGAAUUACUAUGCUGUGGCCGUGGACAUGACACAAGGACUGAGAAACGUAGGGAGAAGUGUCACUGUGUCUUUCACUGGUGUUGUCAUGUGAGCUGCCAAGAAUGCACACGCAUCCACAAUGUUCAUACUUGCAAAUAGAGAAAGGAAGAGGCUUUCAGGGAAAUUGGUGAUGGUCCUGAGCUGAAACAUGUAGAAGAUCAAGAUCUUAAGCCAAGGCUCAUCUUUGUGCCCAUGGAUCGAUCUUACUUUGCGGACAAUGCCUUUUAUGCACUCAUAUAGAAAAACAAGAGCUGACCAAACCUUCACACAGUUUAAACUUGCAGCCUGAUCACAAAAAGUGACAAAAUCAGGAUUGUAACCUUUAUAGCAUUGGAAAGCCUUCAGACCAUCUGACACAAAGAAGCCAAUACUGAAAGAACAAGAGUGGAUCCUAAGCUCUGCUAUCUAACAUUUACAUCAAAGAAAUAGAAAAACUAUUUGCUCGAGGUCUGAAAGGGAAUUCUAGAAGUGAGAGACAGGCUACCAAUGAACGUUCUGAGUGAAAAUAAAGAUCAGAAUGACAAGGCCCACUGGGCAGAUGUGGUAGUGUAAUUACUGUGGACCUAUUAAAGCUUUUGAAUAAAUUCUAACAUGGUAGGCUUUCUAAGAAAUUCUGUUUAUGCAAGUGUCUGCUUACUCAUGUUUCUUGAUGGUUUUGUUCAAUUUGUUCAUUUUCAAGAGCAGAUUGUCUACGGAUGUACUAACGUUGCUCAAUAUCUAAACCAUUUAUUCAGUCAAAUAUGUUGCUUGGCUAUAAAAUGUCCUUCUUUAUUAAGUCUGACUAGUUUACAAUGAGAACAUCCACGAAAGGCAUCCUACAAUUGAUGUGACCUCCAGCUAUUCAGUAAUGCAAGCGUUUUCAUUUUAUAUUUGCAAACAAAACAAGCCUCUCCCAUCUUUGACAUUCUAACCUUUUAAAGUCUAAAUGAACAUUAUUUUUCAUAGCAACAAGCUUUUUCAGGUCUUGAUAAAUCAUCAAGUUACCAAGAUCUCAAGACAAUGCCUUGAUCAAUCAUAGCCAACCUGCCUGGUUUAAAAUUCAAAGCUUGUCAGCUGAUUUUCAAUUAUUAUUAACUUGUGCAGUCUCCAUUGUAAUGCCAAUCAGAAUCUACUUGCCAAACAUUUGGUGCCCUCUCCACUUGCAAAAUGGUUUUGUGGAUUAUUCAAAUGAGUAUAAGAUGAAAAGCUUUGACAAAAUGUAUCUUUAUCAGCAAUACUAAAGUAAGUUACCGUAAUAAAACAAGUAAUCAAAAAUGGAGAAUAAUAAUGAAUUUUAGACGCUUGACUCUGUUUAGAAAAUAAUUGAGCUGCGCAAAGUGGGUACCCUGUCAAUGUGUUAGUCCAUCAGUCCAAUUUUUUUGAUAUAUAUUAAUCACAUCAUGUGUUAAAUAUCUAAAAGGAAUGUUGGACAUCGGUAAUCCUCCUCCUCCUCCUCCUCCUGCUCCUCUGAUGCUGCUUGGCCUGCUGUGUUCAUCCCUCUCUACACUUUGUUAUCUCAGAUUCUCUGGUAUCAGCAGUGCCUACUAUCUCUCCGUUAAUUUCUUUUUUUUCACGACAUUGACACUGUGGCCUGAAUAUUGCCACAAGCUUUGAAAUCCUGACAUUAUGUAAAAUUGAUCUCCAAGCCUGUAUUUAUUGGCAGCAGGAUUGCUUCAGCGGUUUUGUCACAGGCAUAUCUCCUAGUCCACACACAUGCUGUCCUGUUGAAGAUGGGGGGGUGGCUCCUGGCACUGCAGGCCUAGUUACCCUUCGGAGGAGCCAAGAGAACUCCGUCCCUGCUCAUGGCUCCCUCUUUGGCCAUGAAGCCACUGGUGCCAAUGCUGCAGGCUAACUUAGGGAGGCCACCUUUGGUUAGCUCUUCAGGGUAACAGACUCACCCCACCAUUGGCAAAAUGUUGAUGGCCCCACAAGGGAAUUCCCAGUAAGAUCAUUGAUUAUACUAAUAGCGGUCCGCCUCCUGGAGUGUCUAUCAAGCCCUCCUGUGGGUAAAAUUCUCCAAUGGGGAAAUGACAUCAACCCCCCCACAAUUGUACAGGUACCUGAUUGCCAGGGAAUGUAAAAUCCUUGUCCAUGAACUCAAUAUUAGAAACAUUCAGUAUGGCUAUCACCAGCAUUCUGUCACCAUUUUCAGAAUUAACAGCAAUAAUUCUGGCUUCAAGGGGACUGCAACGAUAAAUUUACAGGCAGCAACUUUUUUAAAAAAGGCGAGGCAACAGUGAGUUUGAUUAUUUCAAAGAAGCCUUGCUGAGUUACUGUGGUGUAUUCUGCAAAUAGUACACACUCCCGCCAUGGUGCUUCUAUGGUGAAGGGAUUCAAUUGUUAAUGUUUGA